AUGGUGUGGCGAGAUGAUCAGAGAGCGAUGGGAUUCGCCUUCUCGGAACAAUUCAGCCCAUGUCUAAACGAGGCUCUCAUCCAGGACAUUGUCUACGUGGCCGGUUGUUUCCUCGUCUUAUUCUUUGUCUCAUUUCAACUCUUCUCCAUUCGUUAUCUCUAUUUGCAUAAAGCUCAUUUUGCGGCUUAUUUGCGUCACAGUUGCACAGUGAUCAGUGUUACGUGCAUCGGUAUCCUUUUCCUUAAUAUGACCGCCGUCAAAACUUCUUUAUACAAUUUUGAAUCAAAUUUAUUGCAUAAACUUCGAAUUUGGUUGACUAGUUUAAGAUAUUUGGAAACGAUUCAAAUCUCACUUCUUUGCUAUCUCGUGAUGGUGAAUAUGUCGACGGUUGUGUUGAUCAGUUUUGUGCGAUUGUUGGCAAGAAUGCGGCCGGAGAAAGAAGAGAAAGUUGCCCGAAUGAGUUUCCUCACCGUUUACACUCCGAUUUUCGCUCUUCCUUUAUUAUUUUAUGUCUUUGUCGCUAUCAUUUUUGCUCUUUCAUCGUGUUGGAAAGAAAGAAUUGAGAGUUUCCGCACAAUUUGCGCUAUCUUCAGCUUUUUGGUUUUCAUCGCCACUUUAAGCACAAUAGCCAUCAAUGGAGUUCAUUAUUUUCAUUUGAGAGGAAGACGAAAUCGACGAAAAGCUCGACUGAAUUGCUUACUGCGAACGAUCGCUUUCGCCUUUUUAAUGGGUCAAUUCACAAUAUCGUUGACCUAUUUCGCGUUUCUUCUGAUGAACCCGGAUUUUAUGUGCUCGGUGCAAACGCCGAUUAUUGGUCUUUCCAUUGAUCUUUAUGGAAUGCUGAUCCCGAUUCUCUGCAUCAAUUUCACAGCUAAAUCCACCGGACCGUCCGACUCGUGGAUCGUGAUAUUU